CAACUGUCAAUUCGCCAGUUAGACAAAAUUGUAAAUAUCAAAUUAAAAUCUUAAGGAACAACUCGCAUUGUUUAUCGGAAAUUUAAAUGGAAGUCCCGGCAAGUACAGUUGCUACAUUACUUCAUAAAUUGUGCGAAAGAUUGUCACCUGAUCCAGAUGGAGCUUACGAACUGGCACUCUCAUAUUUGUCUUCUACGAGUGAGAAAUCUCGAUCAGUUCAAGAUGAAAGAUUUCUUUGUCAAAAGAUUCAUUCUCGAUUAGCUAGUUUGUCAGCAAAGGAUGCAGACAAGUUUAAUGAGUCAUAUACAAAACUAAAGAAUUCAUUUGUAUUAAAGCAAAGAGUUGCUGUGCUUUCAUUACUGUUAGCCCUUUCUGAGACACCACAGAAUUCAGAAUCUACACAACAAUUAUUCCCCAUACCUAAUCUUGGACAUACUAAUGAUGCAUUAGGUUCUACAGCGGCAACAUCAAGCUCCAGUAAAAGCACUAUAGGAUCAGUCGGCUGGGAAAAUAAUGCUCUGAAACAACAGGGUUCUAAUCAGAGUCUACCAUCUAACAAUAGCAACUUGGUUGUGGCCUUGCAAUCUAAUGAACGUGCAAACGAGCGUGCAUGCGUACGAGACGCAGUAUUAGCUGCUACAGGCGUGAAGGCAUCCAAUACAGCUAAUUGGUCGCGUCCAGCACAAACAUUAUACUCACGAAUAGCCCACUUGGGGUUCCUUCAUGAUCGUCUCAAGGAGUUUAUUGACCCUGCGUCGGGACUCAUGCCUCAAGGUUUAAUGGGCGAAGGAUUAGUGUCAUCAAUAAGAGAUGAACUCACCGAAUAUUAUCGGAGUAUUGCGCUAUUGCAAUCCCAGGUGUGCGAAGGUGACGGCGGCGGUGGUACAUUACGACGUGUUUGCGUUUGGGCUUAUGAACCUCUGCAUCGCCUGACCUGGCUCGCCAAUAUCGCACAUACAGCACAUCAUAAAAAAGGCGGAGAGCUGGCGUCGUGCGUGCACCGCUUCGUGCGGCACGGAGACGAGCGCGUGGCCACGCUGGCGCGCCGGCUGCUCACUGCGCUCACCUACCCCCUCCUGCUCAUGCUCACUCGCUGGCUCCUACACGGAGAGAUCGACGAUCCUUUUAACGAGUUCUUCAUCGAAAGCAGAAGUGGCGUGCCUAUAGAUCGAAUGUGGCAUGAUAAAUAUAGAGUGAGGGAGUGGAUGGUGCCGUCGUUCAUGUCGCGCGAGCAAGCGGCGCAAAUCUUGGCAACUGGCAAGAGCGUAGUGUUCAUGCGUGAGGCGUGCGCCGAUGAGCCAGUUCCCGCCGACCACCACCACCACCUGCACCAACUUCUUGAGCCGCCUCGAGCUGGUAGCGAGAGCGCGGCGUGGUGGCAGGCGAGCGGCCUGCGCGAGGGCGUGGCGGCGGCGCACGCGUCCGCUGCGCAGCGCCUGCUGGCCGCGCUCACCACGCACCACCACCUGCUCGACCACCUCGCCGCGCACCGCCGCUACCUGCUGCUCGCGCAGGGAGAUUUCGUACACCAUCUCAUGACGCUGCUGCAGGAGGAGCUGAACAAACCGGCGACAUCGUUAUACGUGCACAAUUUGACGUGCACGCUGGAAGCCGCAGUACGCGCCACCAACGCGCAGUUCGAGCCGCCGCAUGUGCUGGCGCGCUUACACGUCAACCUCUAUCCUAAUUGUGACGGUCGCGAGGAUAAUGGCUGGGACGUAUUCGCACUUCAGUACCGCGUGGAUGGGCCAUUAGGAACACUUUUCCCAGCGACUUGUGCCGCACGUUAUCGUGCGUUAUUCACGCAACUGUGGCGCGUUAAACGCAUCGAGCACGCCUUACACCACGCCUGGCGUGACCACGCUAUACUGCAGAAACGACUCAAACAUAUGCCAGAGGUGUGGGGCCUGAUGCGGCGUGUGUCGUGCCUGCGCGCCGAGGCGCUGCGGCUGUGCGGCGCGCUGCAGGAGGCCAGCUGCGAGGGCGCGGAGGCGGCGUGGGCCGAGCUGCUGGCCGCCGCCGCCGCGCGUCACCACCUCGACCGCCUGCUGGCGCUGCACCACCGAGCGCUCGACCGCCACUCGAUACAUGCCAUGAUCCACCACACCACACAGGAACUGCAAUCAUACUUGGGCAAUGUUUUGAAUGAGACACUCGCCCUACGUAGUUUCGAAACGACGCUGCAUGCGGGUAUUAAUGCUGAACUUGAACGCCGCGAGCGACUAGAGCAGUUGAAAGCCGAGCGUAUAUCACGAGGAGAAUAUGCAUUCACCGCUGCUGAUGAAGCGCAAGAUAAAGAGAAGAGAAAAAUUUUUCAACAGUUCUUAGGUAACCGAAAAGCCGAUCUUAAUGUCUGGGCGCGUACUUACCGAGGUCACGUGACAACGUUAAUCCUAAAGCUAGCCUUGCACACAGAAGUCUCGCUUCAAACGCUGGCAUUCCGACUUGACUAUAGCGACUUUUAUAAACGAGGUGACGCUAAGCUUCACGAACCAUUGACUUAUCAACACAAGCGACUCAGCGAAAUUGGACUUCAUUUAGCAAAGAACAAACUAAUAGAUCACAGUAAGAAAAAGUGACACGUAUUAACGGAACCGCCCACUUCCAGUGUCUGUAUACCGUGGAUCGGUUUCGGCUGCAUUUCCUCUAACUAAACUAACGUUGCAACAAUCCGAGUUAAUAGCAAUAUAUUAGAUUUUUUUUAAUUAGCUUAUGGUUAUAUAAAGGUUAUUUAAAUUUAAUGGUAUUGCUGUAAACUACUGUAGACAAAAGAAUCAUAGAUAAGAGGUCUUCUCAUUUUGUUGCUAAGACUCUGAAUAUAGCAAUUAAUUAAGAUGGACAUUGUUAGCUGUUUAAAAGUAAUGUAAAUUGGAUAAACGUUUGUGUCAGUAUUUUAAAUAAUAUCUUUAAAGCAGAGUACGAAAUAUCUUAUAAAAGUCUCAGAAUAAUGAAACAUAAUAAUUAUGAAAUGACCAGUAAUUAUAAAAUGUAAAAUAUAUAAAUGCGAUCAACAGAAAUAACGUCUCGAUAAGCGACUGAUUUCAUUCACAAAUUAACAUAGAUGUAUAACAAAUUUAAACAAGUGCCAUUAAACAACAAAUAUGA